AUAAACCACUUCGUUUAAACCAUGAUUUAAACCAUUGUAGUUUAAAUCAGCCAUUCAGAUGUGCAGUGUGUCUGGACUUCAAUUCUUUGAUGCUACAACUUCAAUGGUUCAACAUGAGUGGCAGAAAGCGGGAUAUUGUAUGGCUUUUAUUUGAAGAAGUUAAGGGUGUGAGGGCCAAAUGUAAAAAACAUGGCAACGAACUUGAGGGUCAAGUUAUCAGAAUGAAAAAUCACCUCUAGAGAAAGCAUCCAAAUUUGUAUUUCUGUUUAAAGCAUUCAACAAAAACAAUCUACAGUUAUGUGAUAUGACCUGCAAUACAAACAGGAAAGAACAAGCUUAAUUUUUUUUAACUGAUAAACCACAAGACCAAAGGGAAAAGAGUGUGUGUUUUCUUUAAGCAUUUAUUAAUAACAUCUAGGUUUGGCGAGUUUAUUCUGUUAUACACACUGUAGUACUGUCAGUUUUUCUUUUCUUUUAGUACUUUAACAAUAUACUUGUGCAAACUCUUUGGUAGGUAUUAGAAUCACCAGUGGAUAAAUGGAUUUAUAAAACACACACGCACACACAUAAAUAGUUUGAGUGUGGUGAGAGCCAAAAUAAUUAACACAAUAGAAAAACCUGGUUUAAACCAAAAAAAACCUGGUUAGGUUUUUUAAAAUAAACCAGGUUUUUUUUCCAACCCUGGCCUGUGGAGAUUUCGUGCUAACUGAAAUUUACAGACGUGCUAUUCAAGACUGGGGCAGUAAAAUUAACAUAGCCCUAAAUGAAUCUGUGCAAUCUGAAGACGUGCUAAGUGAGAGAUAGGUGUAUAGUGAAUCACUAUUUACAAUAUUUAUAACUUAUAUACAUAUGCAGUUUUUAAAAUAUUUGUCUAUUCCGGCAUCAUGCAAAAAACUUUUGGGCAGUUUUCAGUGUAAUUUUUUUUUAUUAUUGAAUCUGAUCACAAAGCAUAAAUAUUUAUAUAAAUGUUUUAUAAGUCGGGAGGGUAAGGGCCUGUGCUACUACAAAGUAAAGUGUAAGCGUUUGUCAACCACAGUUACGAAAACCUUUUUUUGAAUUGUGAACACAUUAAUGGCACCGUAUGCCCGAGCACACACACAUGGUGUGCAGAGCUUCAGGAAAAACAAAGCAAUUUCAAAACUAUUCAAUAUAUCAGGGUGGGAUCUGUUUACAAAAAGAACUCGCUGAGUGCCGAAAAGUACUUUUGAUUUUGGCUUAAAUUUUCAAACUAUAUUUUUAGAAGAGUUAAAAUGGCUAAGAGGCAUGUUUUCAGAGUAAUUUUUAGGCAUAAAACAACCGGUAUAGAUUCUUAAAGGCACUUAAGAGCCUUUCAUUACACCUUUACCUUAAUUUCUUGCCAUAUAAUGUUAUGGUCAGUGCUCAAAUUUCAUGGUUAUCUUAUGGGCGACAAGAAGACUGCGUGCCAGUUCAUAGUCUUUACUUAUCAUCCCACCUCACUAAUUCACAUACACCCAGACUAGAUGGGCCCUCUAAUUAAUCAUUUUUAAAUGCCUGGAUAUAUUCAGUUUGGUUUGUUAUGAAAGUAAAAAAAAACAUAUAAAAAAGUAAACUUGUUGAAUCCCUCAUAAAACUUUAUUUUUUAUUUAGAUAAAAUCAAAAAUUUAUAUAUUUGCAUAGUACAACAAUUUUUGAUGUAAUGCAUGGAUUGGGAGUUAUUGCUGGAUUUGAUAUUUUAAGGACAAAUUAAAUCAAGAGUUACCAAAUGUACUAAAGUUAAAUCUAGAGGCUGUAAACACACAUAGAUAUGAAAUUUAAUCAAAAUAGGUUUACUAUAAGUUUUAAAAUUCGGUAAUUUAUUAAAUACUCAAUAAAUGUUGAAUGUUAUGUGGAUAUGAACUUUAGCUCAGAAACUUUUCUGGCUUAUAAAUAUUUUUUUAUGCGAUACACAUGUUGCAAGUUAUUGUGGAAUUUGCUAACCAAUUUUGACAGAACACAAAAAGUAAUAUGUAUAAAAUGAAAAACCCCUAGACAUGAAUUAUUAUUUAUGUCAGAUAAAUUGAUAAUUUAAAAAUUAUUUUAAUUGAAAAAUUUGGUAAAUUAGGUAAUUUCAAACAUCUAAAACAAAGUUUUUCAUUGUCAAAUUUUUGAAAAAAUUUCCUAAACGCUACCAAUUUUUGUUCAAAAAUAACUCGAUGAGAAAUGUUUUAUUCUUUUAGUUUUGAAACAAAUUCUAUUCAUGGGUGACCUUCAUCAGUUAGCUAGCUACUACUAACUCAAUUUUUCAAGUUAGGUACUAAUCUCAUUUAGGUGUCAAAUGAAAGCUAACUUUUAGCUCUUAUAACUAAAUAAAAACAGCCAUGAAAAUCAAUUAUUUGUAAUAACAUUUUUUGAGUUUUUUUUAAACUGUGGUUUUGCUCAUAAGUUAUUAAUAUCACUUCUUUGCGAUCGGUAGGUGAAAUGAGACUGUAAUGUAUGUAUGUAUCAGGGCAGAAGGGGAUUUGGUAUUUCUCCGCCAAGAAUAUUCAAGAACUUUUUUGGUGAAUAUAUGAUCAUUUUACCGAAAUAAAGCUUAUACAAUUAGCAUAUUUUAUUGGCAAUAAUUAGAAAAUUUAAAAAAAAGGAAAGCUUACUUAAUGUGUGCGUAGAACUAAAAAAUUUCCAAAACCAAUAAAACAGAAGACAUAUUUAUUUGACAAUCUAGACAUCCAUUCAGUUUUACUUAAUGCAUGAAAAGUAAUCAUGUCUAAAACAAGUGUUUGGAAUAUGUACAUAAAAACUAAAAAUUUUAACUUAAGUUUACAAAAUAUAUAUGAUUCCGGCCAAUGAAGCUUAAAACAUUUAUGUACCACAUGUGGCAUAGACAUGGGCUGUAAAUUAACCUUACGGUAAGAUCACAGCACCUUUUCCGGUCUUGUAUUUUACAAGUAAAUACAGUCAGUAUACUGUUGGAAAAUAUUUACUGCUACUGAAGACUCUAAAUCUAUCAAAAAUGCUAAUAUUUUUAAUCAUUACAUGUUUUCAGUUCUUACCUUCAGAUUGUCCUUCCAAAAAUGUGUCCAAUAUGAUUAAUUGAUAAUCACAUAAAAAUCACUCCUCACGCAAUUGUAGGCUACAGUUAAAUAUAAACUGUGCUUAUUAAAAAAAUAUAUACAAGGAGUAAAUGACUCAAAUCCUCCUCUGAUAAAUUGGUUGUGAAUUAUAAUUAUGUCAGUUUUAUUUUAAAAUAUAUGUAGGUUGAGUCUGAAUUUAACUGACAACUUCAGUGUCAUGUUUAUCACAGCAUACCACAACUAAUGAUCUGACAUGCUUCCUAAGGCUGAUAUACGACUUGGAACUGAACAACUGGUUGAUUGCAAAUAAUAAAUAAAAAGUAUUUAAGCUGGAUAAUGUUUGGUUUAACUCAGUUCCACAACAACCGAAAAACUUGUCAUAAAAAAAAUUUCAUUGAAUUAAUGGAGGGUAACAUCCUUAUUUCCCAUAAAGUUUUUGUGAACCGGGAUGAAUAAUGUGGUUUUUAAGGCAGAUAAUUAAUCAAAAUGUCAGAACUAACAAAAAAAGGUUGCCAUGUGUUUUCAAGAACUAAAACUGCAUGCAACAUACACGACACCCAGUUUGCUAGAAUGGCUGCAAAUCAGGGGCAUUGAUUGUUUAGGUACAUGCCUGUAAGGUAUGUAUAGUGAAUAACAUUUAAUCUAUAUAUAUAAAAAUUGAUGUGUGUAUGUAUGAUCCCUAUGGACUCCAAAAUGGCUGGACCAAAUUUGAUGAAAUUUUCAGGCAUUCUUCAGAUUAGCCCAGUGGGUGAUCCUGUGAAGUUUAUUAGCGAUUGACCAACCAAUUAAAAUUUUUUUUUGUUAUUUUGUGUCAUAUUUUCAAUACAAAUUAAUACAAAAAUUAAGUUUUUUUCUAUUAUUUUUUAAAUUUUUGAACAUUCACAAUUAAAAGCUAUAUUAGAGUCGCUAGUCAAUAAUAAAACAUAAACAACUGCAGACAAAAUUAAUGCAAAAAAAUGGGAAUGCUGAAAAAAAAACCACACGUGUCAUCAGUUACAAGAAAAGAAAUAAGGUUGCACCUUAGAAUGUUAAUAAAAAUGUCUUCUCCAAAAAAUAAUUGGUGAUUCUGUGACAUUACUUUCCAUAAAAUAAUUUGCAAUAAAUGUUCCUGAAACUUUGAAAGAACAUUGUAUACAAAAAAAAGGGUGCCUUUUUAUAUGGUGAUUAAAAAAUUUUAUUUCUGUGUAUUUAGGGAUAAACAAAACAGGUAACUUUUGAGCUCGCUUAAUUAGUAGAUUGUGAUUGAUGCCAAUUAAGUUAUCACAAGUUGCAAGGUCUAAAUAAAUAAUCUUCAUACAUAGCAUUAAUUUAUUUUACAAAAGUUGCCCUACAGUGUCUGGUACAUAACUUAGUGCGGCACUCCUUACUGAACUCUUCUAAAACACUGUGCACGUCUGAUAUAUCCAGCAGCUGUAUGCAAGAUCUUCUUGAGAUUCCACAGGCAGGCUUUGCAUGUACUCCCACAGGAACAACUAAUCAAUUGAGAUCGGCAUCCAUGGCUGCCAGGCAAUGGGACAUCCUUGCCCUUGUCGUUGUCAUAAUACUGACGAUCUUGUAAGGUGCGUGAUCGGUAUCCAUUACCUGGUCUCCAGUGGAACGUCUAAUGUUAACAGAGCAGAAGCCAUGGCUUCAGAAGCAAAUCCACAAGAUGCUGUCGUGGAUGGCAGCAAGGAGCUGGUUCCGGCCAAGCCAACACAGGAGCGGGACGGGAAUUGUUAUUGCGGUAAGGAGCGUAACCUCAACAUAGUGGAGCUGUUGUGCGCGAGCUGCCUGCGUUGGUUCCACGAGUCCUGUAUCGGCUACCAGCUGGGCAAGCUGGUGCCUUUCAUGACCAACUACAUCUUCGUGUGCAAGAACUGCUCGCCCACGGGUCUGGAGAGCUUCAAGAAGUGCCAGGCCCAGUUCUCGCAGAUGUGCGUCACCGCCAUCGGCAACCUGACUCAGGCAUCCGUCAAGGCCGGGGUGCCCCGGGCCAUGUUCUCCAAGGACCGCGAGAUCAUCCCGUUCAUCGACAGCCACUGGGAGGGCAUGACGACGAUGCCACGUAGGGUGACCCAGUCCUGGCACGCCACGGUGCAUCGUGCGCUGGCCAAGGACGUGGGCACGCUGUUUGCCUGCGAGGACGGGGCCGUGCUGACGUGCGGUCUGCUCGCCGGUCUUACGCAGAUCAAGCCCAACUACGAGGCCAUGAUCAGGGGUGGCCACCUCAAGGUCACCGAGCUGGGCAUACAGCACGUGCAGAUGGGAGGCGGAGCCCGGGGCCGCAGCACCAAGCGCAAGGUCUUGGGUGAAGGCAGUGUCACGACCGGGAAGAAAGGUCGUUCCGGGGAUGUGGGUGCGACCAAGCUUUCCGCCCACGGCUACCCCACGGAGCACCCUUACAACAAGGACGGCUAUCGCUACGUGCUGGCCGAACCCGAUCCGCACGCUCCCUUCCGACAGGAGUUCGACGAGAGCAGUGACUGGGCAGGCAAGCCCAUCCCAGGGUGGCUGUACCGUACGCUCAGUCCCGGGUCGGUGCUGCUCGCCUUACACGAUCGAGCUCCACAGCUGAAGAUCUCGGAGGACAGGCUGGCGGUGACCGGGGAAAAGGGCUACUCAGCAGUGCGUGCCACGCAUGCGGUUGGGCGUGGCACAUGGUACUGGGAGGCGACUAUCGAGGAGUUGCCGGAGGGCUCUGCUACUCGACUUGGAUGGGGCCAGGAAUAUGCCAAUCUGCAGGCCCCUCUCGGGUACGACAAGUUUGGCUACUCGUGGAGGUCACGCAAAGGAACUCGCUUCCACGAGAGUCACGGCAAGCACUAUUGCACGGGGGGUUAUGGAGAGGGCGACACAUUGGGGUUCUUGAUAAUGCUGCCAGAGUCACCUCAUGUCGACCUGGUGCCUCGCACUUACAAGGACAGACCGUUGGUCAAGUUCAAGUGCCAUUUGUAUUAUGAAGAGAAGGACAAUGUUACAGAAGCAUUGAAGACUCUUAGACCAUUGUCCGGAAGCAAGGUCGUGUUCUUCAAAAAUGGCCAGUGUCAGGGAGUUGCUUUCGAGAAUGUGUAUGGUGGUGCAUACUACCCCACUUUGUCACUUUUUAAAAAUGCUACAGUGUCUGUAAAUUUUGGCCCUAACUUUAGGUACAUGCCAACUGGCUUUACAUUCCGUGGAAUGUUUGAGAAAGCAGAGGAUGCCAUCUGUGAGCAGACCAUGGCUGACCUGAUGUUUCUAACUGAGAACGAAGGCAAGUUGCGCAUAGACACAUUCUGCUCCUAGUUCACAUGAAUGCCACCACUGUGACCUCUACCACAGGGUGGCACUAAGCGAUAGUGCUGUGUACAAUUGAGUUGCUGUGUACGAUCGAGUUGGUGAGUCGCAGUUGUUGUGUCUGAACUGUUCCACUUGAGAAUUAUGAGGAUUUUAUGGUUUGUACUAACUUUAGCCACUGUAAAAAGUAUUUGUGUCAUGGCUUGUACUCAAUUCUCAUUAAUUCUUUGUGUAUUAAUAAUCAUUGUGAUACUGUUGUAAUGCAGGCAUAAUUACCAUUUAUUUUUUAUAUUCUCUAAAAGAAAAUGUGUACUUGAAAGUAAAAGAUGCACUUAAAUCUAAAUAACAUAUUAAUUUUUUUGAUAGAGUGUAAUAUUGGUGAAUUUUUUUAUGUAUUUAACUGUUAUCUUAUUGCUGUCCAACAUGUUUUGUGCAAAGACUGUACUAGUCCUCCUUCAACCUGAAAUAAGGGGUUGUUCUUUGAGAUUAUAAGUGCUCAGUGUCUUUUUGAAUCAAAUACAAGCUAUUCUUAUACAGUAAUGCAUCUGUAAUCAUCAGAAUUUUAUCGUAAGUGACAAUUGAAGCCAUAUGCUGAAUUACUGUUUUACUUAAUAAACUGCUAUUUUUAUACUUAUCACAAAUAUUGCUGUGUUUGCCUGCAAAUGUAGGAAGUUAUUUUAAUUGUAAGCUGCACCCUAUUUUCAAGACACUAAAAAUAAAAAAUUUAGUUGAUCUUAUAAUUAAAUAAAUUUGGCAAAUG